AUGGCGCUGACAGCAGCAGAUGCCGGACCCAUCUACAACCUGUUAGAAGCAGCUCUUAACGAGGCUACACGGAAAGAGGCGGAACAGGCUCUUAACGCGUACGAGACCCGCGUGGGGUUCUGCUCAUGUCUCCUGGAGAUCAUAUCGCGCAAGGAGCUGGAUCAGAAGGGCGGAGCCAGGUGGCUUGCAGCUGUGUAUUUCAAGAACAGCAUCAACCGAUACUGGCGGGCGAGACGAGAGACCCAGGGCAUAUCAGACGAGGAGAAGCCGGUGCUGAGAGCGAGACUGCUGGAUUUAGUUGCAGAUGAGAACAGCCAGGUGGCCGUGCAGCUGGCGGUGCUGAUUGCUAAGAUCGCUCUAGCGUGUGAGAACAGCCAGGUGGCCGUGCAGCUGGCGGUGCUGAUUGCUAAGAUCGCUCUAGCGUGUGAGAACAGCCAGGUGGCCGUGCAGCUGGCGGUGCUGAUUGCUAAGAUCGCUGUAGCGUGUGAGAACAGCCAGGUGGCCGUGCAGCUGGCGGUGCUGAUUGCUAAGAUCGCUGUAGCGUGUGAGAACAGCCAGGUGGCCGUGCAGCUGGCGGUGCUGAUUGCUAAGAUCGCUCUAGCGUGUGAGAACAGCCAGGUGGCCGUGCAGCUGGCGGUGCUGAUUGCUAAGAUCGCUCGUAUUGACUACCCCAGGGAAUGGUCCGAGCUAUUCCCCACGCUCCUGCAGAAGCUUCAGACACAGGACCCUCUGCUCACACAGCGUACCUAUCUCGUGCUAAACCACGUCCUUAAGGAACUCUCAACUAAGCGCCUGAGUGUGGACCAACGCACCUUUUCCCAGGUGACCAGCCAGCUGUUUGAGCCCACCUGGGCGCACUGGGUGAGAGACACAGGGUCUCUGUUUCAAGGACUAAACGCCCUUGAGGCAGGAGGGUCAGACCCAGCAGCAGCAGCAGCAGGAGCAGGGGCAGCAGGAGGGGCGCUGAUGCUGUUGUGUGAGCGGUGGCUGCUGUGUGUGAAGACUCUCCGUCGCAUGCUCGUGUUUGGUUUCCCUUCUGACUUCAAAUCCGUUCAGGAGGUUCCGGUACUGGAACAAGUGGUGCCCGCAUUUCUUGAAGCAGCGCAAUCGCUUCUCAACUUCCGCAAUAUCUCGCAGCAGCUCCCAGCCCUGCAACCGCUGCACACCUUCCUCGCCCGCGCCUCAGUCAAGCUCCUCAAAACGCUCGUCGCCUCCCACGAGCUGCACCCGUUCUCCUUCGCCUCCAAAAACGUCCUCCUGCCCACCCUCGACUUCUGUUACACCCAAAUCACCACCACCGACCCCACCUCCUCCUCCCCCUCGCUCUCCUCCCCUGCUGCCGCUACCACCAGUCUACAAACCCCCGCUUCUGCCGCCGCAGCUGCUGCCACUGCCGCUGCUACUGACGCGUCCGCCUCUUCUUCAGCUGCCAGCCACGGCCUGUUUCUGAUAGAGUGUAUGCUGUUUCUGCAGAGCGUGCUGCGCUGCGUGGCAUACAAGCAGAACCCCACAGGGCACGUGGUGGGGGCAGCAGUGGCAUCAGCGGAGGAGAUGAGGGGGAAGCUGUCAGGCAUGGCCCGGCAGCAGCUGCAGGGGUUCUUCUUGCGGGAGAAAGUGGUUACGCUGGGGGGUGUGCUCGUGCAACGCUACCUGGUGCUGACAGCAGCGGAUUUGGAAGAAUGGGGGUCAGACCCGGAGGUGUUCUAUCACGAGCAAGGAGCAGUGCAGUGGAAGGAUAAGCUGCGGCCCUGUGCUGAAGCACUGUUAUUGCUGCUUUUCGAGCAAUUCAAAGAGGUGCUAUCCCCGGCGCUCAUAGACAUGCUACGGCAGUGCAUAGAGGCAUGCCCCCCGCCUGCUUCCCCUGAUGCUGACGUGCCUGUCACCCCGGCUCUGCUGCUCAAAGACGCAUGCUACGAUGCCGUGGGGGUGGCGUGCUAUGAUCUACACGAUGUGGUGGACUUCAAGACGUGCGCUCCUACCAGACAUGGCGUGACGUCACUCCAACGCGCGAAUCCUGUGCAGGAGGGCAGCGUGGAUGGUGGGGCAGUGGGUGGGCAAGUCUUAGCACUCGAGUUGAAGCAAAAGUUUUCCCCCUCUCCUCACACCCUCCCACCCAGGUUCACCACUGCGCUUCUCCCGGACAUGGCAUGCCGCCAUCCCAACGCGCGCAUCCUGCGCAGGAGGGCAGCGUGGAUGGUGGGGCAGUGGGUGGGCAAGGUGGAGGGGGAGCUCUGCGUGCCAGCCUACCAGGCGCUCAUCUCCCUGCUGCCAGAUGAAGACCUGGUGGUGCAGCUCACAGCAGUCUCUUCUCUCCGCACACUCAUAGACGAUGUGCAUUUCUAUGAGGACCAAUUCGCUCCUUUUCUCGACACGGCCGUGCAGCUGCUCUUUCGAUGCCUGCAGCAGGUGUCGGAAUUUGAUUCGCAGCUGCAGAUAGUGAACGUGGUGUCUCUCAUCAUAGAGCGCAUGGGGGAAAAGAUCGUUCCUCUAGCUGACAAGAUUCUCUCAUGCUUGCCUCAAGUGUGGGAGCAAUCAGAGGGGCAACCGCUGCUCCGCAUUCAGGUCAUGCAGGCGUUGCAGCGGCUCAUCGUGUCUCUCGGCCCGCAGUCCCCUAUCUCCUACCCGCUGCUCUUCCCCAUCCUGCGAUACAGCACUGACAUUUCACAGCCGGAUGAGCUCAACAUGUUAGAAGACGGUUUGCAGGCCACACUGCGCCAUGCACCAGCCAUGGUGCCAGAGCUCAUGGCUCUCUUCGCCAACCUCGUGCCCAUCAUGGACCGCAGCUUUGAGCAUCUUCCGGUUGCAACGGCAAUAAUGGAGAGCUAUGUGCUGGUGGGAGGGCCGGCAUUCCUGCAACAGCACGCGGGGAGCCUCGUGACAAUGAUUGAUGCGGUGGUGGGGAACGUGAAGGAGAAGGCGAUGCUGCUGGUGGCGGGACUAGUCGACCUUAUCAUUCAGUGCUACCCAGCAGAAGCGCCUCCUGCCCUCGAGUCAGUACUUCAGAAACUGCUGCUGAUCAUCGUGGGACCAACGGAAUACUCUGACCUCGUUAGAGGCACAUGCGCUACAGUGCUCGCACGUGUGGUGCUGCAAAACAGCUCCUACUUCGCCCAGUUCAUAUCUGCCGACUCCACCCGCCACCUGCAGCAGCAGUCAGCAGCAAAGGGCAACGCUCCUCCCCUCGCCCUCUUCCUGGACGCUUGGUUGGAUAAGGUCGACUCUGUCUCAGUCCCGGCGAAACGAAAGCUGUCCACUCUGGCCCUCGCAGUGCUGUUGACAAUGCCAGAGCCACAGAUACUAGAGAGACUAGACCUCAUUCUCUCAGUCUGCACUGGCUCUCUGGGGGAGGACAAUCCCGACAACACGCCUCUGCUGCCAGAUAUCUCCACUGUUGGCUACGACUAUGCUUCAGUUUCAGAUUCCAUUCAAGGAGGGGAAGGAGCACCCGUGGAGUGCGAAGCACUGAGGCGGCGGCAAGUGGCAUCCAUAGACCCCGUGCAUCGGGUAGCAGUGGGGCCGUUUCUCAAGGAGAAACUGCAGGCGUGUGUGGCGGUGCAUGGGGAGCAGCUCUUUCAAGCCGCCAUGGCCCGCGUUCCCCCGCCUAUUGGCAAUCUCGCCGCAAGACACGGCAAGGCGAUCCCCCCAUCCAACGGUGCCGCUGCACCAGCAUCAAGGCUGCUCGUCUCGCCGUUAAGACACGUUAAUAAGAUGCAGAGAGUUGCGUCUUUUGUGCUCGUAGCAGUACUUCUGGUUGUCGGCUCACGCGAUGCUGAAGCACUCCAACCCCUAAGAAAUGAGCGACAGGGCCAGCGACGGAUUCUGUCGCAGGGCUCGUCAAAUUUCAUCAAGAAGCCGACGAUCUUCGUCAUCGCGAGCGGCAGCAGCGCGGAGUCGACUAUUCGGAACGCGAUAGCUCAAGCAAGCUCCAAAACAGCCAUGGUGGAGGUGACACUCAAGAAUGACAUCACGCUUACCAGUGGGUUCCCUGCCCUCGGGUUCGCUUCUGGAAUAAUAUUAAAAGGCGACUGCGAGAGCAGGAAAAAUAAAGUUUGCGUCGUCGACGGCAACAAGAAGUUUCGCAUAUUCUCGGGUAACUUCGCGUGCGGCAUCGUGCUGGAGAACCUGGUGGUGCAGCACGCGCUCAACGGCGUGCACGUGGGCGCCUGCCAGUUCGCUGCGCGCCGAGUCACCUUCCAGUACAACGUGGCGGAUAAGAGCUCCACUGGAGGGGCAGUUUUCAACUCUAGGGACAGCUCACCCACGGCUGGCUCGCCCCUGCAGUUCACCACGUGCGUCUUCCUCAACAACACCGCGGCCGGAAAUGGCGCCGUUAUCAACGUGGGGAGGGACCCAACGGGAGGGCCGGAUGUGAAAAUUGCGAAGUGCACUUUUAAUAAAAACUCGGCGGGAGGCAGCGGAGGCGCGAUUUAUUCCGAAGGGAGUGAGAUUUACCUGCGCCAGUCGACGUUUUCGCAGAACACCGCUGCGCGUGGCGGGGGUGCCAUCUUCACCACAAGCCCGAUCCUCACCUCCAUCGGGACGCGAUUCUCCGCCAACACAGUGGUGAACGGGCGGGGAGGAGCAAUCUCCAUGCAAGCGCAGGACGUGAAAGUCCAGUUCUGCAACUCCAACUUUCGGCGCAACAGGGCGCCGGUGUACCCGGUAUCGAAUGACAUGAACGCUGGGACAAGUAACGGCACGGUUACCGUGUGUGGCAGCACGGGACCCAGGAGAAUAAGGAAAACGCCUGCCUUGAAGGAAGUUCAGAGCUGCAGUGGCUGCACUGGCUGCUCUGGCGAUUGUAACGGCCGCGGCACCUGUGCUCUGGACUCAGAUCUCAACCCCUACUGCAAGUGCCAGAACCAGUUCGACCCGGCCAAAGCCUGCACUGUGUGCAAGCAGGGGUACACAAUCGAGUCCAAGUGUGUGGCCUGCGCCGAGGGGUUCUUUUCAGGGCAGAAGGGGCGCUGCAGCGUGUGUGGCAGCGUGGACAAGAUUCAAGAGCUUACGGGGGAGCUCUCCAAUCUCAAUAAUGCCACAAAAGCUGCUUCGGCCAAGCGGUGCCAGCAGAUGUGCCAGAGGGCGCAGUCACAGAGGAAGCAGUACCCGAACUACUGCAACCUCUGGGCCUUCGUUGAAAACAGUUACAAGGUUCCAUCCUGCCGAGGCAGCUGCUUACUUUUCGAUGACGAGUCGGAGUGCGGAGUCCGCAAUGUGACUCGAGAUGCGAGGAGGAACGUUGUCUACCAAUUCAUGGAGCCCAGCUUCCUUAACUGCGACUAG